AUGACUUUAAAGAUUGAUGACGUUUCCACUGCGUACACUACUGAGUGUGCGACUGCAACAUGCGCUGAGACGCUUUUUGACAUCGACGAUUCAAACUACGAUGUUGAUGAAUCAAAUGCUUUGAUUCCCGUCAUUCGAACGAAACAUCAAGCAGUGGCACCAACUGGUCACACUCACGUCGAACUUAUCGAUGUCAAGUGUGAUGCAAAAGCUGGUAUGUUAGUAACGGUUGAGUUCGAAGAAGCCUUUGCUGGCAUCAUUUAUUCUCAAGGUUACUAUUCGGAUCCAAAAUGCAGAUAUGUAAAAGCUGGAGGUAACGAUAAAGUGUAUACUUUCACAGUGCCAUAUGAUGGUUGCGGAAGCAAAGCUUCUUGUUCUGUAUGUGCGUCAGUUGAUAACAUUCUGGUUAUUCAAUCAGAUGAAGCAAUUACAGAAACCUGGGACACUGCAAGAAGAAUCACUUGUAGUAGAAGCGAGACGACUGAAAAAACAAUUUAUUUCAAGCCAUUUGUUGUCGAUAUGCUUGAAGUUGUCAACGUUCCAACUCAAACUGGAGGCGUUGAAUGUUGGAUGGACAUCCAAGUUGGAAGUUAUCCUAAAAUUUCACCAAUUCCUGAUCGCAUUAAGAUUGGCGAGACAUUAUCAGUUUUAGUAUAUUUAAAAGAUGAUCAGAAAGAGUAUGAUUUGGUUGUCAAAGAUUGUUAUGCUUAUGACAAUGAAGAUUAUAAUGCAAAAAAUACUGGACGGUUACAACUUUCGGAUGGAAACGGUUGUUCAAGAAAGCGUAAACUUUUCGGAACAUGGCAGAAAAGCACAAGCACUGGAAAUUCUGGAGCUACAUUAGUAUUACACAACACGCUUUAUGCGUUCAAAUUCCCUGAUAAGGCACAAGUCUUUUUAAAAUGUGACAUCGAAAUUUGUCGAAAUGGCUGCGAUGAACCGAUUUGUGAAGGAUCACAACUGGUUGAAGGACCUAAAAAACAGAAACAAACGACUGCAAGAAUCACUUCAACUCCACGAUCAGUCGAAUUUACAUCCCCACUAAGUAGAGUAACAGGGCGAGGAAAUCUUCGUACUAGACCACAAACUGUAGCUACUUCUUCUGUUUAUAAUCUUCAAACAGAUGCUCCAACAAGAGCACCUGCAACAAGGCCAACAAGAGGUACACGCCCGACACCUACCAGAGGAUCUCCAGUAAUUGAAGUUGAUUCUACUACACAAUCAGAACGCACAAGACCUGCUCGUACAAGAGGACCGAAUACUCGUGCUCAAACAGAACGUUACACGACACCAUCUCCCUCAAGAACUCGUGGUAGAGGUAGAACACAAGCACCAACCUAUUUACCGCCAGAAACCACAACUCAAUUUUCUUGCAACAGUAUUGGGUCAGAAAAUGAUCCUAGAUGUCAAGCCGAUUGUUAUUCUAAUCCUAAAGAUCCACGAUGCCCACAACCAACUACACGACGUCCAACCUUACCACCAAGAAGGAUUGAAACAACAACAAGAUUUUCUUGUCAACUCGGUUCCACUGAUCCAAGAUGUCCUCCCAACUGCGUAGAGAAUCCAAAUGAUUCAAGAUGUCCACAACCUACAACAAGCAGACCGAUAGUCGUUCCUGACACAACAAGGUUUUCAUGCGCCUCAAAUCCAAAUGAUCCACGAUGUGCGACAACAGCACGACCUGUACGCACAAGACCCACUAGCGCACAAACAAGACCACAAAGAACGAGACCACCAAACACAAGACCUCCAUCCGAACGAACUUCUGUCACAAGAGGAAGAACGAGACCAUCCACGCAACCCCCAACAUAUUUGCCACCAGAAACCACAACUCAAUUCUCCUGUGAUUACAUACAAAAUAAAAACGAUCCAAGAUGUCAACCGGACUGCGCAGCGAAUCCAAAAGAUUCGAGAUGUCCACAGCCUACAACGAGACGCCCAACACCACCGCCAACAACCAGAAGAGUUGAGCCAACAACUAUUUUCACUUGUCGACCAGGAUCUACUGAUCCUCGUUGUCCAGCUGAUUGUUAUCCAGGAAGUAGAGAUCCAAGAUGUCCUCAACCAACAACACAACGCCCUACAACUCAACCUCCUACAUACUUACCACCAGAAACUACAGCAAGAUUCUCUUGUUUGAAUGUAGGUUCAGAAAAUGAUCCAAGAUGUGCAAGACCAACUACACAACGUCCAACAACUCAACGCAGAAUAGAAACAACCACAAGAUUUACAUGCAGACCUGGUUCAACCGAUCCUCGUUGUCCAGCUGACUGUUAUCCAGGAAGCAGAGAUCCAAGAUGUCCUCAACCAACUACUCCACGUCCGACGCUACCACCAACAACAAGAUUCUCAUGCACUCCGGGAUCUACUGAUCCAAGAUGUCCUCCAAACUGUCAACUGAAUCCAAGUGACUCGAGAUGUCCACGAAUAACGACACCACGUCCAACUCAGCCACCAAGGAGAAUAGAAACUACAACAAGAUUCACUUGUCGACCAGGAUCUACUGACCCAAGAUGCCCGCCUGAUUGUUAUCCAGGAAGUAGAGAUCCAAGGUGUCCUCAACCAACAACACAACGCCCUACAACUCAGCCUCCUACAUAUUUGCCACCAGAAACCACAACAAGAUUCUCCUGUUCGAAUGUAGGUUCACAAAAUGAUCCAAGAUGUGCAAGACCAACAACAAAACGUCCUACAACUCCACGCAGAAUAGAAACAACCACAAGAUUUACAUGCAGACCUGGUUCAACCGAUCCUCGUUGUCCAGCAGACUGUUAUCCAGGAAGCAGAGAUUCUAGAUGUCCUCAACCAACUACUCCACGUCCGACUCCACCACCAACAACAAGAUUCUCAUGCACUCCCGGAUCUAGCGAUCCACGUUGUCCACCAAACUGUCAAGUGAAUCCAAAAGACUCGAGAUGUCCACAAAUAACGACACCACGUCCAACUCUGCCACCCAGAAAAAUAGAAACUACAACGAGAUUCACUUGUCGACCAGGAUCUACUGAUCCUCGUUGUCCAGCUGAUUGUUAUCCAGGAAGUAGAGAUCCAAGAUGUCCUCAACCAACAACACAACGCCCUACAACUCAGCCUCCUACAUACUUACCACCAGAAACUACAGCAAGAUUCUCUUGUUUGAAUGUAGGUUCAGAAAAUGAUCCAAGAUGUGCAAGACCAACAACACAACGUCCAACAACUCAACGCAGAAUAGAGACAACCACAAGAUUUUCAUGCAGACCUGGUUCAACCGAUCCUCGUUGUCCAGCUGACUGUUAUCCAGGAAGCAGAGAUCCUAGAUGUCCUCAACCAACUACUCCACGUCCAACCCCACCACCAACCACUAGAAGAGUUGAGCCAACAACUAUUUUCACUUGUCGACCAGGAUCUACCGAUCCCCGCUGUCCGGCUGAUUGUUAUCCAGGAAGUAGAGAUCCAAGAUGUCCACAAAUAACGACACCACGUCCAACUCAGCCACCAAGGAGAAUAGAAACUACAACGAGAUUCACUUGUCGACCAGGAUCUACUGAUCCUCGUUGUCCAGCUGAUUGUUAUCCAGGAAGUAGAGAUCCAAGAUGUCCUCAACCAUCAACACAACGUCCAUCAACUCAACCUCCUACUUAUUUGCCACCCCAACCAUUUACACAGCGUCCAACAACUCCACGAAGAAUAGAAACAACCACAAGAUUUACAUGCAGACCUGGUUCAACCGAUCCUCGCUGUCCACCUGACUGUUAUCCAGGAAGCAGAGAUCCNAAGCACUGGAAAUUCUGGAGCUACAUUAGUAUUACACAACACGCUUUAUGCAUUUGUCGAAAUGGCUGCGAUGAACCGAUUUGUGAAGGAUCACAACUGGUUGAAGGACCUAAAAAACAGAAACAAACGACUGCAAGAAUCACUUCAACUCCACGAUCAGUCGAAUUUACAUCCCCACUAAGUAGAGUAACAGGGCGAGGAAAUCUUCGUACUAGACCACAAACUGUAGCUACUUCUUCUGUUUAUAAUCUUCAAACAGAUGCUCCAACAAGAGCACCUGCAACAAGGCCAACAAGAGGUACACGCCCGACACCUACCAGAGGAUCUCCAGUAAUUGAAGUUGAUUCUACUACACAAUCAGAACGCACAAGACCUGCUCGUACAAGAGGACCGAAUACUCGUGCUCAAACAGAACGUUACACGACACCAUCUCCCUCAAGAACUCGUGGUAGAGGUAGAACACAAGCACCAACCUAUUUACCGCCAGAAACCACAACUCAAUUUUCUUGCAACAGUAUUGGGUCAGAAAAUGAUCCUAGAUGUCAAGCCGAUUGUUAUUCUAAUCCUAAAGAUCCACGAUGCCCACAACCAACUACACGACGUCCAACCUUACCACCAAGAAGGAUUGAAACAACAACAAGAUUUUCUUGUCAACUCGGUUCCACUGAUCCAAGAUGUCCUCCCAACUGCGUAGAGAAUCCAAAUGAUUCAAGAUGUCCACAACCUACAACAAGCAGACCGAUAGUCGUUCCUGACACAACAAGGUUUUCAUGCGCCUCAAAUCCAAAUGAUCCACGAUGUGCGACAACAGCACGACCUGUACGCACAAGACCCACUAGCGCACAAACAAGACCACAAAGAACGAGACCACCAAACACAAGACCUCCAUCCGAACGAACUUCUGUCACAAGAGGAAGAACGAGACCAUCCACGCAACCCCCAACAUAUUUGCCACCAGAAACCACAACUCAAUUCUCCUGUGAUUACAUACAAAAUAAAAACGAUCCAAGAUGUCAACCGGACUGCGCAGCGAAUCCAAAAGAUUCGAGAUGUCCACAGCCUACAACGAGACGCCCAACACCACCGCCAACAACCAGAAGAGUUGAGCCAACAACUAUUUUCACUUGUCGACCAGGAUCUACUGAUCCUCGUUGUCCAGCUGAUUGUUAUCCAGGAAGUAGAGAUCCAAGAUGUCCACAAAUAACGACACCACGUCCAACUCAGCCACCAAGGAGAAUAGAAACUACAACGAGAUUCACUUGUCGACCAGGAUCUACUGACCCAAGAUGCCCGCCUGAUUGUUAUCCAGGAAGUAGAGAUCCAAGGUGUCCUCAACCAACAACACAACGCCCUACAACUCAGCCUCCUACAUAUUUGCCACCAGAAACCACAACAAGAUUCUCCUGUUCGAAUGUAGGUUCACAAAAUGAUCCAAGAUGUGCAAGACCAACAACAAAACGUCCUACAACUCCACGCAGAAUAGAAACAACCACAAGAUUUACAUGCAGACCUGGUUCAACCGAUCCUCGUUGUCCAGCUGACUGUUAUCCAGGAAGCAGAGAUCCAAGAUGUCCUCAACCAACUACUCCACGUCCGACGCCACCACCAACAACAAGAUUCUCAUGCACUCCGGGAUCUACUGAUCCAAGAUGUCCUCCAAACUGUCAACUGAAUCCAAGUGACUCGAGAUGUCCACGAAUAACGACACCACGUCCAACUCAGCCACCAAGGAGAAUAGAAACUACAACGAGAUUCACUUGUCGACCAGGAUCUACUGAUCCUCGUUGUCCAGCUGAUUGUUAUCCAGGAAGUAGAGAUCCAAGAUGUCCUCAACCAACAACACAACGCCCUACAACUCAACCUCCUACAUACUUACCACCAGAAACUACAGCAAGAUUCUCUUGUUUGAAUGUAGGUUCAGAAAAUGAUCCAAGAUGUGCAAGACCAACAACACAACGUCCAACAACUCAACGCAGAAUAGAGACAACCACAAGAUUUUCAUGCAGACCUGGUUCAACCGAUCCUCGUUGUCCAGCUGACUGUUAUCCAGGAAGCAGAGAUCCUAGAUGUCCUCAACCAACUACUCCACGUCCAACCCCACCACCAACCACUAGAAGAGUUGAGCCAACAACUAUUUUCACUUGUCGACCAGGAUCUACCGAUCCCCGCUGUCCGGCUGAUUGUUAUCCAGGAAGUAGAGAUCCAAGAUGUCCACAAAUAACGACACCACGUCCAACUCAGCCACCAAGGAGAAUAGAAACUACAACGAGAUUCACUUGUCGACCAGGAUCUACUGAUCCUCGUUGUCCAGCUGAUUGUUAUCCAGGAAGUAGAGAUCCAAGAUGUCCUCAACCAACAACACAACGCCCUACAACUCAACCUCCUACAUACUUACCACCAGAAACUACAGCAAGAUUCUCUUGUUUGAAUGUAGGUUCAGAAAAUGAUCCAAGAUGUGCAAGACCAACAACACAACGUCCAACAACUCAACGCAGAAUAGAGACAACCACAAGAUUUACAUGCAGACCUGGUUCAAGCGAUCCUCGUUGUCCAGCAGACUGUUAUCCAGGAAGCAGAGAUUCUAGAUGUCCUCAACCAACUACUCCACGUCCGACUCCACCACCAACAACAAGAUUCUCAUGCACUCCCGGAUCUAGCGAUCCACGUUGUCCACCAAACUGUCAAGUGAAUCCAAAAGACUCGAGAUGUCCACAAAUAACGACACCACGUCCAACUCUGCCACCCAGAAAAAUAGAAACUACAACGAGAUUCACUUGUCGACCAGGAUCUACUGAUCCUCGUUGUCCAGCUGAUUGUUAUCCAGGAAGUAGAGAUCCAAGAUGUCCUCAACCAACAACACAACGCCCUACAACUCAGCCUCCUACAUACUUACCACCAGAAACUACAGCAAGAUUCUCUUGUUUGAAUGUAGGUUCAGAAAAUGAUCCAAGAUGUGCAAGACCAACAACACAACGUCCAACAACUCAACGCAGAAUAGAAACAACCACAAGAUUUACAUGCAGACCUGGUUCAACCGAUCCUCGUUGUCCAGCUGACUGUUAUCCAGGAAGCAGAGAUCCUAGAUGUCCUCAACCAACUACUCCACGUCCAACCCCACCACCAACCACUAGAAGAGUUGAGCCAACAACUAUUUUCACUUGUCGACCAGGAUCUACCGAUCCCCGCUGUCCGGCUGAUUGUUAUCCAGGAAGUAGAGAUCCAAGAUGUCCACAAAUAACGACACCACGUCCAACUCAGCCACCAAGGAGAAUAGAAACUACAACAAGAUUCACUUGUCGACCAGGAUCUACUGACCCAAGAUGCCCGCCUGAUUGUUAUCCAGGAAGUAGAGAUCCAAGAUGUCCUCAACCAACAACACAACGCCCUACAACUCAACCUCCUACAUACUUGCCACCAGAAACCACAACAAGAUUCUCCUGUUCGAAUGUAGGUUCAGAAAAUGAUCCAAGAUGUGCAAGACCAACAACACAACGUCCAACAACUCAACGCAGAAUAGAGACAACCACAAGAUUUUCAUGCAGACCUGGUUCAACCGAUCCUCGUUGUCCAGCUGACUGUUAUCCAGGAAGCAGAGAUCCAAGAUGUCCUCAACCAACUACUCCACGUCCGACGCUACCACCAACAACAAGAUUCUCAUGCACUCCGGGAUCUACUGAUCCAAGAUGUCCUCCAAACUGUCAACUGAAUCCAAGUGACUCGAGAUGUCCACGAAUAACGACACCACGUCCAACUCAGCCACCAAGGAGAAUAGAAACUACAACGAGAUUCACUUGUCGACCAGGAUCUACUGAUCCUCGUUGUCCAGCUGAUUGUUAUCCAGGAAGUAGAGAUCCAAGAUGUCCUCAACCAACAACACAACGUCCCACAACUCAGCCUCCUACAUACUUACCACCAGAAACUACAGCAAGAUUCUCUUGUUUGAAUGUAGGUUCAGAAAAUGAUCCAAGAUGUGCAAGACCAACUACACAACGUCCAACAACUCAACGCAGAAUAGAAACAACCACAAGAUUUACAUGCAGACCUGGUUCAACCGAUCCUCGCUGUCCACCUGACUGUUAUCCAGGAAGCAGAGAUCCAAGAUGUCCUCAACCAACUACUCCACGUCCGACGCCACCACCAACAACAAGAUUCUCAUGCACUCCGGGAUCUACUGAUCCAAGAUGUCCUCCAAACUGUCAACUGAAUCCAAGUGACUCGAGAUGUCCACGAAUAACGACACCACGUCCAACUCAGCCACCAAGGAGAAUAGAAACUACAACAAGAUUCACUUGUCGACCAGGAUCUACUGACCCAAGAUGCCCGCCUGAUUGUUAUCCAGGAAGUAGAGAUCCAAGAUGUCCUCAACCAACAACACAACGCCCUACAACUCAACCUCCUACAUACUUACCACCAGAAACUACAGCAAGAUUCUCUUGUUUGAAUGUAGGUUCAGAAAAUGAUCCAAGAUGUGCAAGACCAACAACACAACGUCCAACAACUCAACGCAGAAUAGAAACAACCACAAGAUUUACAUGCAGACCUGGUUCAACCGAUCCUCGUUGUCCAGCAGACUGUUAUCCAGGAAGCAGAGAUUCUAGAUGUCCUCAACCAACUACUCCCCGUCCGACUCCACCACCAACAACAAGAUUCUCAUGCACUCCCGGAUCUAGCGAUCCACGUUGUCCACCAAACUGUCAAGUGAAUCCAAAAGACUCGAGAUGUCCACAAAUAACGACACCACGUCCAACUCUGCCACCCAGAAAAAUAGAAACUACAACGAGAUUCACUUGUCGACCAGGAUCUACUGAUCCUCGUUGUCCAGCUGAUUGUUAUCCAGGAAGUAGAGAUCCAAGAUGUCCUCAACCAACAACACAACGCCAUCAACUCAACCUCCUACUUAUUUGCCACCCCAACCAUUUACACAGCGUCCAACAACUCCACGAAGAAUAG